AUGGCCCCAGGACCCAACCUCGCCAUCCUGGCCCACGAAAACACCCAUCCAAACACAGACCCACUACCCUCCAAAACAGCUUCAACAAAACCCAAGCCCACGACAACUACACAGAAAGGAACCAAAGUCCUCCACCCAUCUCUAAUAACAACCGAAUUCGACCUCCUCCGCUUCUCAGCCGCGGCAGCACAACAGCUCUCCACUCCCACGCAUGUCCUAACCAACCAAAACGACGAAAGCAACACUGAAGACCUCUACUCCCCCCUCCUCAUCUCCUCUCCCUACAACAGCCCUUCCCACUACCUCGACCUCACAACGCUCACCACACCCUCCCUGAUCUUCGCAAAAGCCCUAACGGCCCUCAAACCCCUCCGCGAAGACUACGCCACAGCGCCCUACACUUCCUCGCUAAACUUCUCAUCCACCAUCCUCCCCCUCGUCCGGGAACUAGCGGCCGCCGAGCGCUUCGAGUGGAAAGAGCAGAGUUUCUAUGUCGUGAUUUUCCGCUCGAAACUGCAGGACGGCAUCGAUGGCGAGUGGCUCUACAAGCUCGAUUUCGAGAGCCACAGGGAGGCUUGUGAGAGUGGCGGGCUGUUGAAGUACUGGUUUGGAAAGGCAGAUGCAGGAAGGAGGAAUCUAGCAACUUGUUUCUGGCACUCGCGCGAUGAUGCUCGGAAAGGUGGUUUGGGGCCCUGGCAUGCAAAAGCCAGAGCUGCUGGAAGGUCGCUGUACGAGUACAUCAACUUCUCAACACACUGGUUCACGAUCUUAGAUGGCGCCGAGGACUUCCGGUUCGAGGACUGGACGGAGUGAUAGAGUAAUGCGGCGGCGGCGGGUUUCUAGCCUGUGAUGGUGGAGAAUGCGUCGGAUCGUGGGGGUAGGGAGGUGUGACGAUGAGCUUUCGCAGGGGCAAUGGUAAUGAAUGUUCGAAAUGGCUCUGGAACUCGAAAUUUCUUUUUCGGCGUCUCACUGCCUGUCGGUACGACGAUGUCAGGUCGUAACUCGGUUCUCGAAAAUCCUCUGCAUUGGAGUUUGGAGUAUGGAGUAAAAGUGGAAUUGAUAUCUUGUACGUUGGAUUGACGGUUUC